AUGAAUUACCAGAAUUACCCAGGAAUAUCCAGCUAUUCAAAGUUGGAUUUUCCUAAAUUCAAUGGGGAAGAUCUGAAGUCUUGGUUGUUCAAAGUUGAUAAAUUUUUUGAUUUUGACAACAUUGAUGGACAAAAGAGUGGGAUUGGCUGCAAUUCACAUGGAGGGUCAAUACAGUGGCAUCAGUCAUUUAUGAGGUGCAAUAUACUCCCACCUGGAAUGAGAGAGAUAGAAAGGUUUGGGGCUGAUUAUGAUGACCCAAUGGAAGAAAUAAAGAAAAUUGCAAACUGGUUCUGUAGAGAGCAAUUUUUGAAACCACCUUAUCUCAGUUGUACAGAACUGCUAGGAUCUAAGUUCUAUAAACAGUUUCCAUAUCCAACAACAAAUUCUGGACCUAGUUAUAAGAGAACUAGUGAUCAGAAAUUCCAAAGUAAACCUUUGUUGUCAACACCUGCAAUUGAAAGUUCUGUAAGCAAUAAAGGGUUCACCAGAAGGAGGCUUAGCAUAGAAGAAAUGAAUGAUAAGAGAGCACAAGGGCUGUGUUAUUUUUGUCCAGAAAAAUAUGCUCCAGGCCAUAAGUGUAAAAACUUAAAACAACUUUACUUACUAGAAGUAGAGGAAUUGAAGGAAGAACUCACCCAACAAGAAGGGGAAUUGAUGGGUGAGGUAGGAAUGGAGAUGGUAGAAGUGAAUCAACCUUUAGAACAGAUGGAGAUUUCUGCUCAUGCAUUGAAUGGAUCACUAGGGUUCAGGACUCUUAGAGUGACAGGUUAUCACUCCAAGAAACCUCUGAAUAUUUUAGUUGACACUGGCAGUUCACAUAAUUUCAUGGAUCCUGAGCUAGCAAAGACUCUAGGAUGUGCUACCAAGUCAACUACACCUCAAAUGGUUACUGCAGCAAAUGGUAAUAUGAUCAGAGUGGAUAAGGUGAGCCAUGUCAUAUGGUUGCUGCAAGGAGCUGAAUUUGCUGUUGAUUUCUUACUAUUACCAUUGGGGUCUUGUGAAGUUGUGUUAGGGGUCCAAUGGCUGUUAACUUUGGGUGAUAUCAAGAUGAAUUUCAACAAGUUAACUAUGGAGUUUUGGUACAAAGGGAAGAAGCAUUUACUCAGAGGUAAUCAGUCUCAGCUAUGCAUGAUUCAAGUAGUUCCUACCAUGUGUACUGAAUUGUAUGCUUUGGAGACUAAAGAAGAGGCAAAUACAGACCCUAGAAUCUUGGCAGUCAUACAGGAAUUUAGGGAAUUAUUUGCAGAACCAACUCAACUGCCACCAUCUAAAGGAGUAUUUGACCAUAGAAUUGUGUUGCAUAAUGGUAUUGUUCAACCAAGCUGCAGCCCCUUUGCAUCACCAGUGGUCUUAGUUGGUAAGAAGGAUGGGACUUGGAGAUUGUGUGUAGACUAUAGGGAUCUUAACAAGCACACUGUUAAGAAUAAAUUCCCUAUCCCCAUUGUAGAAGAUCUACUAGAUGAACUUGGCGGUUCUACAAUCUUUUCAAAAAUUGACUUAAGAGCUGGUUAUCACCAACUAAGGAUGGCUGAAGAGGACAUUCCCAAAACUGCAUUCAGAACUCAUUCAGGCCAUUUUGAGUACUUAGUAAUGCCUUUUGGUUUGUCUAAUGCACCAGCUACUUUUCAAGGCUUGAUGAAUACUGUUUUUCAGAAGUUUUUGAGGAAAUCAGUGCUUGUAUUUUUUGAUGAUAUACUCAUUUGUAAAACAGUAGAGGACCAUUUGUUACAUCUUAGAAGUGUUUUUGUUGAGAUGAAGAAGCAUCAGCUUCUAGCCAAAGAGAGUAAAUGUUUCUUUGGAGUAGCAAGGAUUGAAUACUUGGGCCAUUUUAUCACAAAGGAUGGGGUUUCUACUGAUCCUCAGAAGAUCAGUGCUGAUAGUUUUAAAUGGUCUACUCUUGCUACUUCUGCAUUUGAGAAGUUGAAAGAAGCACUUACUAAGGCUCCUGUUCUGGCCCUACCUGAUGCUAAUAAAACUUUUGUAUUGGAGACUGAUGCUAGUGGAUUUGGUAUAGGUGCUGUAUUGAUGCAGGAAGGUCACCCUAUUGCAUUCAUUAGUAAGACUUUAUCUAAUAGACAUGCUGCAAUGUCUGUUUAUGAUAGAGAAUUACUGGCAAUUGUUCAUGCAGUUUCCAAAUGGUCUCAAUAUUUGCUUGGCCAGAGAUUCAUCAUAAGAACUGAUCAGAAGGCCCUGAAGUUCUUAAUGGAGCAAAAGUUACACACAAACUCCCAACUUAUGUGGUUGACUAAGCUCAUGCCUUUUGAUUAUGUUAUUGAGUAUAAAAAGGGGGUUGAGAAUAAGGUUGUUGAUGCUUUGUCAAUGGAAACAGAUGCUGAUUUGAAAGCCAUUGUUGCACAAUUACAGGCUGGUCAGGGUCCUACUCACUUCUCAUGGGUGCAGAAUCAGCUAAGAAGGAAAGGUAAACUUGUGGUUGGUAGAGUACCACAACAGAUUUCCAUCAUUUCACUAGGCAUUGCACUUCAAGGUGGUCACUCAGGUGUUGAAAAGGGUUCUUACCUUGUUUUACUGGAAGGGCAUAAGAAAAGAUGCCAAAGUAUUAGCAUGGAUUUCAUUGAUGGAUUGCCUAAGUCCAAAAGUCAUGAGGUUAUUUUAGUAGUUGUGGACAGUGACAGAGAUGUUGUUUUCCUAAGUUCUUUUUGGCAAGAGUUGUUUGCCUUACAAGGAGUCCAAUUAAAUACUUCUACAGCUUACCAUCCUCAGUCUGAUGGACAAACUGAGUGCUAUACAGACCACACAUAUGAAGCUUUGUAUGGUAGACCUCCCCCUCUACACUUGCCAUACCUUCCUGGUGAGUCUGAUUCAGCUGAAGUGGAUAAUACCUUGUUGAAUAGAGAAUUCAAGUUGCAGUUAAUGAAGCAUCAUUUAAUGAGGGCUCAGCUUAGAAUGAAGCAACAAGCUGAUUCUCAUAGAAGUGACAGAAACUUUGAAGUUGGUGAUUGGGUUUAUUUCAAGGUUCAACCAUAUAGGCAGGUGUCUAUUGCUACACACCCUUAUCAUAAACUUGCUGCUAAGUUCUAUGGUCCAUUUCAGCAACACUCAAGAUUCACCCUACAGUUCAUGUGUCCCUGCUUAAGAAGUGUUAAUCUGCUCAAAUUUCUAUUCCACCUUCUGUUGAUAUUGCUGAAUUGCCCUCAACCUGAAGCUAUCUUACAAAGGAGGAUGGUCAAGCGUGGGAACAAAGCUGUGGCUCAGGUGCUUGUUAAAUGGCAUGGUUUAUCACUAGAAUUUUUCAACAGUCUCAAGACAAGGUUCUCUCAAUUCGAUCUUGAGGUCAAGGAUCUCUUGAUGAGGGGAGUACUGAUACAUGAAUUAGUAUCAGCAGUUGGAAAUGAGUUAGUUAUAGUGGAAUUCCAAAAGUUAGUUGGUAGUUAG